UAUAACCGGUGGGGGUUCAGCCCGUUCGAAGGGGAUGGAAACGGAUUCAAAUUGGGGAUUACGGGGAACCCCGUGGCGGAUCACGUAGUGCGGAAUUGUAUCGCGUUUGGGAAUUGGAAGAAGGGGUUUAUUGAUAACGGGAACCCGGGUAGUUUGACGUUUGAGAGGAACUCGGCGUGGAAUAAUGGGGAUACGGGGUUCCUGAUGCGGAGUUCGUCUUCGGCUAUGCGGGGGAAUGUCGCGGCUGUGAAUGGGGCUUCGUGGAGUGCGCAGGUGAGUUUGGUGAGUACUGUCACGGCGACGGGGAAUUCGUGGAAUGAUGGGACGACGUGGACGAAUGCGUCUUUUGUGAGCGUUGAUGCGUCGGUUUUGAAGGGGCCUCGGGGCGCGGGUGGGAAAGUUGUGGGGAGUAGUUUUUUGAUUCCCAAGAGUGGUGCGCCUAUUGGAGCAACUACGUUGCAGGAGGUUUGA